AUGGCCAUCCACGACGGCAGUUGUGUAUGGUGCUUCGCGUCAUCAGACACCAUCUCCACCAACUCCCCCAUCUCCGGUGACCGAACGGUCGUGUCGAGAGGCGGCAACUUCGAGCUCGGCUUCUUCAGUCCCGCUGGUGGCGGCGGCACGACGGCCUCCUCCUCUCGCAGCAACUACUACGUGGGAAUCUGGUACAGCAAGAAGGUAGUGUCGCAGCGCACGCCCGUGUGGGUCGCCAACAGGGCCGCGCCGGUCGCCGACCCGGCGUCCUCUCGGCUCGCCGUGGCGGCGGACGGCAACCUCGUGCUCACCAACGAAGCCGGCAAGCUCGUCUGGUCCUCGAACGUCAGCUCCGCCGGCAGCAGCUCGAACGGCGGCGCCGCCGUCGUGGCGGUCAUCUUGGACACCGGGAACCUCGUACUCCGGCGCGAGAGCGGCGAGGUUCUGUGGCAGAGCGUGGAGCACCCAACCGACACAUGGCUCCCUGGAGCCCGCCUUGGCGUGAACAAGAUCACCGGCGACGUGCUGGCGCUGGUUUCUUGGAAGAACGCCGGUGACCCGGCCCCCGGCAUGUUCACCUUGCGGAUCGACCCGAACGGGAGCAGCCAGUACCUCACGAUCUGGAACAGGACCGUGACUUCCUGGAGCAGCGGGGAGUGGAACGGCGAUGUGUACGCCGGGGUCCCCGAGAUGACGUCGCACUACAAGUACGACUUCCAGUUCGUCAACGACACGAACGGCACCUACUUCACCUACUCCCUGCAGGACCCCACGGUGAUCUCCAGGACGGUCCUGGACGUCUUCGUCCAGAUCAGGCAGAUCAUGUGGCCAUGUGGGAGCCGUCCGCCGACGAGUGGAUGA